AUUGCUGAGGGCUAGGGUGGGGCUCAUUAAAAAGGCGUGUCUGUUACCACGCCCACUACAAAUAUAGUGAUUUGUGAACACGUGAACACGUGGGUACAUCAUGAAAAAGAGCCUAUCAGACUGGGUAACUGACCUUGAUAGUGAUCUUUCUGUAGGCCUGACCUCAUCAAAGGUCACUAAUAGGAAGAGAACUGGGGGCAGCACACUUAGGAAAUAUCCGAGCACUUCAAAGAGGAGAAAGACCACACCUCUUACUAGAAAAACGUCUCAAAAUGAUAAAACACUAUUAACAGCUAGCGGUGAUUCUGAAACAGCUUGGAAUGUAAAAUAUUCACCAAAAUCAACGGCUGAUCUUGCCGUUCAUAAGAAGAAGCUAACUGAAGUGCAGCAAUGGAUUGACUCUGCCUUAUCUAAUAAGACACAGUGUCCAAUUUUAUUACUAACAGGUCCAAGUGGUUGUGGAAAAACAGCAACAGUACGUUCCAUCACACAAGAACUAGGGGUAUCAGUAACAGAGUGGUCCAACCCUUUUGAUGUUCCUCAAGUGGGUGUGGUCGAUAGAUACUCUCAGUUCCAGGAUUACGAGUUUCAAGAGUCUCAGACGAAACAGUUUCAAAAUUUCCUGCUACGUGGGAACAGGUAUCCAUCACUUAAUUUCACCACCACUUCAUCUGAGGCUACUUCAGCUACUGGAGGGAAAGGAGAGAGAAAGAAUAAGAUUAUACUCAUUGAGGAUUUACCAAAUGCUUUGUUAAGAGAUCCGUCGCAAUUACAUCAUUUAUUAAAGAGUAUGAGAUAUUUCCAUUACCCGUUGGUUUUUAUUGUAUCUGAUAGUCAGUCCAGUUCCAUCGGUAGCUCAUCAAGACUAUUCCCAUCACUUAUAGUAUCACAAUUAGAUAUUCAUCAUAUUCACUUCAAUCCUGUCGCCCAUACUAACAUGGUGAGGGCAUUAAAUAGAAUAGUCGAGACCGAAUUUAAAUCUCUAAAGGAGAGUGGUAGACAUCGUUUAAAAACCAUGCCCACUUUAUUACCAAAUAAGGAAGUCAUAGAAAGCAUUGCUGUGAAGUCUAGCGGCGACAUAAGAUCGGCCGUUAACAUGUUACAGUUUACCUGUCUGAGAGGUUCCAACAACGAUAAUUUGAGAUGGAAAGAUCCUGGAGAAAUGGGUGUGGUCAAAAGUUCGGCUGAGUUGGGUGGUCGAGAUUGCUCGAUGUUUCUAUUUAAAGCACUUGGAAAGAUACUCUAUUGUAAAAGAAGCAGUACUGAGGGUGUGACUGACUCUGCCCCUUUCUCUGUAAAUAGAAGAGGGGAAUUAUUAGUAGAGCCUGAGAUUGUUAUCGAGUCAGUCAACAUGAGAAGUGAUUUAUUUAAUUUGUAUCUUCACCAGAACUACCUUGACUUCUUUGAGAGGAUAGAAGACGUGUCAGUUGCUCUAGAGUACAUUAGUGAUUCUGAUAUAUUCUCCUCAUCAUGGACUGAAUCACAGGUUGAUAGACGAUGCUUAGAAUCCUGUAGCUCAUCAGUUUGCUGUCGUGGACUAAUGUUUGCUAAUAAUGAGAUAAGUAGUGGGAGAUGGAGACCACUGCAUAAACCAAUGUGGAGUACAGUCUGGAGAAAAUUUGAAGAUAAUUGUACUUCUUCUCGUGACUUGUUUCUGCAUCUUGGAGCAUCACCACACUCUCAUUUAUGGUUACCCAUUGAGCUACAGACAGAAAUAUUACCAUUUAUAUCACUAAUGAAUAAACCAUUGAGAAACCCCAGUCAAGCGAAUCUGCUUCAUACCAUUACAGAUUUCAAAACAAAUUUUAAAAGAGGUUUUUCUAAAUUGGGCGAGACAGAGUUUGGGGGUGAUUCAAGCCACACCUCCUCGUUAGAGAUGGGAAGCCACACCCCUUUAAUUGAGCGACCGUUGGAAAGAGAAGAGCCUGUUCUUACUAGUUCACAGCUACGGACUGGAGGAAUAACUAACAAUAAUGAUAGUGACUAUGAUCAUGAUGAUGAUCAUGAAUGUAUUGAAGAUUUUGAUGAUGAAGAUUGGUGAUUAUUAUUAUUAUUAUUAGUGUAUUAAUUAUUAUUAGUAUUAUUAUAAUCAGAGUCAUCAUUAAAAAACAUUUUUCAUUUACACUAAAUGCAACUUUUACUCACAAUAAUAAUGUAAUUCUCGCUCUUACUAUUGGAGGAGUAAUAUCGAUAAUUUUUGUUGUAAAA